CAUCUCCCUAAAGAUGUACUUCACUCCCGCCCAGACUCAAGAAUACUGCCGCGCCCUCCUCGACCCGCAGAACAACAUCGUCCGACCCUCGCACCACCACUCCAAGCUCCUCCUAGCCCUCAUCCCCGACUUCCUGACCAUCUACCCCUGCGCCGAGAUCAUCAAGCAAUGGGAAGCAGCGACAGCGUCACCCCAACAACGACAAGACCGGACAUUCCUCCUCGGCGCCCAAGACUGCUUCUGGGAGACUCGAGGCCCCUACACGGGCGAGGUGUCGCCGUCCGCGCUGCGGGCGCUGGGCGUCUCGAUUGUGGAACUCGGCCACGCGGAGCGCCGCGAUCUCUUCGGCGAGACGGACGAGCAGACCGGCCGCAAGGCGGCCGCCGUGUGCGCCAACGGCAUGGUCCCCUUGGUCUGCAUCGGCGAGUUCACCGCCCCGGGCCCCGUGGCCUCGCAGGCUGUCGGGCGCGCGGUGCAAGAGUGUGCGGGCCAGGUGCGCGCGGUGCUGGCCGCCAUCCCCGCGGACGCGCCGGUCAUCUUCGCCUACGAGCCGGUCUGGGCGAUUGGGCAGCCCGCGCCCGCGGGCGUGGAGCAUAUUGCGGCGGUGGUGGAGGGGAUUAAGGCUGUGGUCAUGGGGACUUGUGCUGGUGGUGCUAGUGGUGGUGGUACCGCCGGCAGCCGCGCGGGGGAGGUCCGCAUUCUCUAUGGUGGGAGUGCCGGCCCUGGGCUGUGGGGCGCGGGCGGGCUGGGCAAGGCCGUCGAUGGUAUGUUCCUGGGGAGGUUCGCCCACGAGAUCGAUGGGGUUCGCAAUGUGGUUCGUGAGGUCGAGGAGACGAUAGGUUUGACGGCGUGAGUAAAGUCAAAGUCGGAAAGAUUUUUGUUCCUGUGUAUUGAACCGUUUCAAGUCGGUACGCGAUUAUUCCAUUGAGCAAUGGCAGUGCGAGGCAGGAUCCAAUCAAUACCUGACCUGACAUGAUACGAGUUGAAAUCUCCAAGGAUAUUCAUUUCGAAGCUGGCUAUUCUCUAAAAGGCAAUGCCGAAACAAUGCAGUGGCAUGCUGCCUAUCCGCCGGGGGGGGGGGACAAUGAUUUGCCAAGUCUCCAACUUCUCUUCUCGUGCU